AUGUCGGUUCCUCAGUUGACUCGCGACCUCGAAGCUCCUCUGCAAGGCCUGGUGGAUGAUGCUGACCGGCUUGCAGAGUGGCCUGAGCUGGUCGGGUUAGAGGAUCUAUUGCUUGAUAAUGGCCAGCUACCAUCUCACCGUGCGGAUCGGCCAUGUCCUCAGGAACUCCAUGUGUUUCCCGAUGAUGUCUCUCCAGAGCUUCUUCAAAUAAUCAGUCAGCCGUUGGACACAGAACGGCCUCCCAAAUCUGCAGGCCAACACAGUGAGAACGGAGGUGGACGGUCACCGCCACCACCGUCAUCAACAUAUAGUCAUGGUACAACCAUGGGGGAUGACCGGCACUCACUGCCGGUACGGACCCAGGCACCCGCUGUAAAGGAUCACACUGGAGACCAUCAGCUAGAUCGAUGCUUUUCACCCGAGUCCACUGCAACGGGAGCGACGUUUAGUCGUAUGGGGGUCAAAGCAACGGGGGCACGAAGAACCUCAAACUUCGGCUCAUGGAACGCAACAGUUUUCGAGACAGCUAUGAAUAACGAGAGCAAGUUCCCUCCAAAAUGUUGCCUGGAAGAUAUACCGACAAAAUUGAUCCUACACAAUGUGGACUCCCUACUUCGGGAGGAAUACAAAUUAAAAGUACAAGAGUAUGCUAUACCCCGAACUAGCAGAUGGUAUUGUCCAUCACCAAGCUGUGGAAAAUGGAUUCCUCCAAAAAAGAUCAAAUUGGGCGCUCCGACACAGAAAUGCCCGAUAUGCAAAUGGUCGAUAUGUACUGCCUGUCAAAGGACGGCCCAUCAGAGCAACGAACAUUGUCCUCAAGCCCCUUAUCCGGAAAGGGUAGAUAGUAUUGCCUCAAACGGCUGGAGACGCUGUUACAAAUGCCAGGCAAUGGUAGAUCUAACUGCUGACUCCGGAUUCGUGGUCUGUCACUGCGGUGCUGAAUUUUGGUAUGAUACCCUCGUUCCAGCCUCUGUAAAUGCAGAAAACGAGCGCAGCGAGCGACGAGAAGUCGAGGAGCGAUUGCGGAAAGAAAAUACCCAAAUUCACCCAGACGGCGAUGGACAAAGAAGGCAAGAUGACGGAAGACGCCGAGUUCAACACGACAAAGAAAUGAAACGCCUUAUAUCGAUAGCCAACCAAAUCCAGAGGCUCCAGGCGGAGCUAGCUAAGAUCAACAAGAUUCAACAGUCUAUGAUCAUCAACAGACAUCAGGAUAGCGCGCAGCAGAUCCAGGUCGCAGCGGUCUCAAAACAGGUAGAAUUCGACCAGACGCGGGUAAAGCUAGAAAAAGCCUAUGAAUCGAACUUUAAGCUUCGUAAAAGCGCCUUGGAGGCCAGUCAAAGCGCCACAAAGCUUGAACUCAGAACUCGCCAGGAGGAGGAUGAAGAUGAUAAUUUUGUUCAGAUGCAACGCCAUUUGAAGGGCAAGCCGAACAGAGAGGAAAGAGAAAAGGUAAUACUCGACAAACUUAAUGCAUCACAUAAGAGGGAACAAGAUGCACUGGAAAAAACUCAUAAGGAGGAGAUGAGUGAACUGGAAUACCACGGCAGUUUGGAAUCCUCGGCGCUUCAGAGUGGCAUCAUGAAGAAGCUGGGGGAUUUACAACGCGAGACAAACUAUACUCUUUACGAGCUGAGUUCCACAGUAAUCUCGGACCGUCGGUGGUUCAAGAUUGCCGUUGAAAAACGUUAUGGCCUCCUUGAAGAGCAUAGGAUGUUUUUGAUCAAUGGCCCCGACGCCAUUAAGGACACAGUAACUUCCAGUAGCAGAUAUUCAUCUGCAAACAACUCUAGCCACUCAGGCACAACAUAUUCAGUUACAAGUGGCAGAGAAACACCCCAAUCGCCUCUAUCGCCGCCCCCUGUUUUUACCGAAUUUGGGUAUAGACGUCGCGGCUCUGAUGCUCGCAAGAGCGGAGCUACUAUGGCUACGGGAAGUCGAGCGCGGAGUAGGUCAAGAAAUGGGCUGGGGCGUGUUCCUAACCAGUCGCAGUUUGUGUAUCGAUAA